UUUUUUGGCCAUAUUCACUGACCCUAUUCAAAUACUAGAGUCUGGAAUCUGACGAACACACCACGCUUCAACAAAUCAUCCAAAAACCUCUUUGAUAGUCUUUCAUUACGCACGCACCCUCGACAUUGGGUAUCACCCUCCCUCGCAAGUUUCAGACAUGAGUUGUAGCCGGCCGCAUUUACUACCUUCAAAACAAUAUAUCUCCGCCGAAGACUGUGAUCUCCUGGACCUUCUUUGUUCUCGUUUCAAUGUCGCAAAGACGACGUUAGAGCCGGCAUCCGAGAUUCCGACAACCUUAGACAUACGCGUCAAACAGGAUGCUCACAUUCCUUCGCAUGUCAUCGCCGUCUUUGACAUCCCAGAGAGCGAAUGGGGCUCAUCUUAUCAGCCUCUCUUGGUACCCAUUCGUGUCGACCUCUUCACCCGUGGUUUUCGCUCCAAAAUAAUUCCACUCAGCCCACCUGGUUCUACUUUUCCGGUACCCUAUUGCGCUGAAAAUGCCGAGGGGCAAUUUGUGACACUCCCCGUAGUCCCACUGCUUGUCCCACACGCUCCUUCCAUCCCUCUACUCUUCCUCUUCGGACUUGGGCUUGAGACACGAUCGCACCUGCUAUGUUGCCGCCUCCUCCCCGCUGAGGUGAUAGGAGAAUUUCCUGCUCCUCCCACCAUGGCUAACAUCAUGGCAACGCUGUGCAACGACGAACAACUCCGAGAGCGUAGCAAAUUCAAUCAAGGACUAUGGAAGAACAUACUGUCUUUAGGACCACGAGACUCGCAUUUCAUCGAGCUUGCCCAGACAGCGUGGAAUGUCACAGUGGAAGCACGGCGAAUCCGACAGCGGAACACGGCGUCUCACACCACAUCGGUCCCGAAUUGAGAGAACUCAUGUCUAUUUUAACGUUUUCCCUUUCAUUCCGCUUUGCUCAUCUCGCUAAAAUGGCCUUUAUACGACACUUUGCUGAACGAGGAUCAUGAUUAGCUUCUGCUUACAUCUCACUUACUUUACGCAUCGCAAUCGAUUUGCUAAUUCUUUACUCCGACGUUCUUUCAUCCCCCUCCGAUCGCUAAUAUCCUACGUGUAGAUAAUCAUUAAUUUCCUCGCGAUGACAGCCGAAAAGAGUAGAAAAGUAAUCUUGAGGUGCGUAGCGUUGCAAAUCAUUAAGUUAGGUCACCGCCCCGACUCAGAUCGGGUGGCGUAGUGGACGCCUG